AUGUCAGUAGUCUGUCUUGUAUACCUUGCCCUCUUUAUACAUGCUCAUCUGUCCUUUGCACGUCCGAUAGCACGUAUAUCAGGACCAAUCCAAUGGAGAAUGAUCAAGAACUCGACUGAUGGACUUGGAGGAGGAUCGUGUAGAACUGGUAAUCCCAUUGAUGAUUGCUGGAGGUGUGACCCUGAUUGGGAAUCCAACCGCAAAGUGCUAGCUGAUUGCGCGAUUGGCUUUGGACGAAAUGCCAUUGGUGGUAGAGAUGGUGAAUACUACAUUGUCACAAGAGACGAUGACGAUCCAAAGGAUCCCAGUCUGGGCAUGCUCCGACACGCAGUCAUCCAAGAGGAACCCCUGUGGAUUAUAUUUGAUCAUGACAUGAACAUCAAACUGAAAGAAGAACUCAUGAUGAACUCAUACAAGACCAUAGAUGGUAGAGGGUUUAACGUUGAAAUAUCAAAUGGACCAUGCAUAACCAUACAAAGUGUGACUAAUAUCAUUAUUCAUGGCAUCUACAUACACAAUUGUGUACAGGCAGGGAAUGCAGUUGUGACGGACUCCCCGCAUCAUUAUCAAUUGAGAGGCAUAUCAGAUGGGGAUGGCAUUUCAGUAUUUGGGGCUCGGGACAUUUGGAUCGACCAUUGUACGCUAGCCAAAUGCCAUGACGGCCUCAUUGACAUAGUGUAUGGAUCGACAGCCAUAACCAUCUCCAACAACUACAUGUUUCAACAUAACGAAGUCAUGCUCAUGGGACACAACGAUGAUUUUGUUGCAGACAAGAAUAUGCAAGUUACCAUUGCUUUUAAUUACUUCGGAGAAGGUCUGGUUCAACGAAUUCCACGGUGUAGACAUGGCUAUUUUCACAUUGUAAACAAUGUAUACACUGGUUGGGAGAUGUAUGCUAUCGGAGGAAGUGCUAAUCCAACAAUCAAUAGUCAAGGCAACGUCUUCAUUGCAUCAGACGACGAAUCUACAAAGGAGGUGACGAAACGAGAAAGCCCAGAUGGAUCUGCAGAAUGGAAGAAGUGGAACUGGAGAUCGGACGGGGAUUUAUUACUAAAUGGUGCAGAGUUUACGCCUUCUGGAAAUGGAACUUCAGGGAGCUACGCAAAAGCUUCGAGCAUGGUCGCAAGACCAGCUUCACUUCUAACAAACAUCAUGCCAUCUGCUGGAGUUCUCAAUUGCAAUAUUGGCCAAAAAUGCUAA